GCCUAAUAGAAUAAAUUAGCGUUUCUUUUACUCGCAUUCAUUGAAGUGACUGUCCAGAAUUCAAUCAGAGCUUUAGAAACAAGUAUGUCUAUAGCUUAAUUGAUCAUAUUUAACUACUGGAAUAAAAACGUUUGAUCUUAACAAAAGAGUUGGCAGAGACCGAUGCAAAAUUGACCGAGUUGGCCAACCAAAAUCGCAAGUAACACUUGAAAUUAUUAGAAACAUGGAGCGAUUAAGACCCUUAAUUGGUUUCGAAUUUUGUAGCGUCUACGUGCACUUGUUCGGCUGACGUUCCAAAAACAAUCGAUAAGAUACCCAGCUCCUGCGAAGAUCUCCAAACUGUUAAUACGAGAAGUGAACUGUACUCCAUAAUGGGUAGCAAUCAAGCGGAAACCGUUUACUGCGAUUUCACCAAAGGUAUCAGCGAUCCAGCUUUCCAAAAAUGGAUUGGCUAUCAAGACGUCAAAUCAAAGCCAGUCUACUUCCACGUCCAAUAUACUGAAGGCUCUGCGGACACAGCCGUACCGAUUCGGUUUGAAAAUGCGGUGUACAACACUGGAAAUGGCAUGACCAUUGAAACCGGGGAAUUCAAAGCCCCCGUUAAAGGAACUUACUUCUUUUCUUUUGCUUCAAUUUUAGUAUUUAUAGCUGAUGGCAGACCACUUACAUUACUUAACAUUUACAAAAUUGAUAUCCCGGUAGCCGUUUCCGGGUAAUCCCAAGGCGAAUCCCCAUCAUCUUCCGGAUAUCCGAUAACAAUUCAGUCUACCCUAGAGUUGCUUCCCAGCGAUACAGUCUGGGUCCAGAUGGACAACAUGGUUGACGGCAAGUUAGAGGGCGGUGCAACGACUUUUACUGGCUGGCAUUUACAAGAAAAUAUCACCGUUUCGCUGUAAUGUGGGGCAGAAACG